GCAAUGGAGCACCAGAUGUUCAACGACCCGUUCACGAGCAGCAUGUCGUCACUGGAGGCGGAAAUCUUCUCCGGUGGCCACCACCACCCAGCGCCGUCCCUGCAGUGGCCGGGCCUAGACCACGACAUCCCGGCGGCACCGGCUGCCAACAACGCCACCUCAUCCGGCGGCCCGGGUUCCCACCGGAAGAUGAGCCACAGCGCGUACGAGCGCGACAGCCGCAAGCAGCUCAACGAGCAUUAUUCCAACCUUCGCUCCCUCCUCCCUGACGAUGAUCAUCACACUAGGAAGCUGAACAAUCCGACCAUUGUGUCGCGGGUGAUCAAGUACAUCCCGGAGCUGCAGAAGGAGGUAGACGGCCUGGAGAAGAAGAAGGAACAGCUGACGCGUGCCAGCUGCAGGCCGGGAGAUGACACGGCUCCGAUCGUCUCCGCCACCUGCCUCAACGACAGGGAAAUCAUGGUCCAGGUCAGCCUGCUGAACACCAUGGCUGGCGCUCUGCCCAUGUCCAAAUGCAUCAACGUGCUGGAGAAUCAAGGCCUCUGCCUCGUCAGCUCGUCCGCUUCCGCUUUUCAGAACAGGACCUUCUAUAGCCUUCAUCUUCAGAGAACCCAACGAACAAUGAGCAAAGAGUGCUCAGCAUUUUGUGACGAACUGGAGAACGCCGUGAAGCAAAAGGCGGGACUACAUCCACAUUACUAG